AAUCAGCUGUCAGCUGUUGAAAAAAUCCCCGUUCCAAAACAGCGGUGCACCGGCUUUUUAAAAAGAAACAAGGAAAUAUUAUAUUUAAAAUAUACAAAUAAUCGUGACCUGAAGCACAGCCAUGCGGCUGCAACGACGUUGCUAUGUGGCAGUCGGUGUAAUAUUCUGGCUUUGGCUGGCAUUUCUCUUCGUCUGCUCCCAAUGGAUCUCGAGCUACGAUAGCUCCAAGUCCCCUGAUCCCAUCCAUCUGCUGUGGUGGUCACGUACCAUGUCCUUCGACUACGACGAGGUGCGCCAGUGCGGCGUUGACACAUGCCGCAUCAGCAACAAGCGGAGCCGCCUGCCGUUGGCCCGGGGUGUUAUGUUCUACGGAUCUGACAUGAAGAUCAGUGACUUUCCGCUGCCUCGUGGACAGCAGCAAAUUUGGGCCUUACUGCAUGAGGAAUCGCCCAGGAAUGUGCCCUUUGUGCCCCACUUGGAAUUUCUGCACAAUUUCCACUUUACAUCAACGUUCAGCCGCUACAGCAAUAUGCCACUGACCACACAGUAUUUGCCCAGCGGGCAAGCUCUCACCUCGCUGGAAUACCACAUUCCGUAUGACGAAAAGUCCAAGUCCUACCCAUCGGCAUCGAUAGUGUUCCUGCAGAGCGAUUGUGACACAAUGUCCGGACGAGAGGAUUAUGUAAAGGAGCUGAUGAAAUAUAUGCAGGUUGUCUUUGGAGGCUGCUUGAAGAACAAGGAGCUGCCAGAGAGUUUAAAUAAGGAUUAUCUGAACAAUCUGUAUUCGCCAGAGCUUUUGAAAUUCCUAUCCAUUUACAAGUUUAUGAUUGCAAUUGAGAACGCUGCCUGUCCCGAUUAUAUAACUGAAAAGUUUUGGCGUCCCUUGGUCAUAGGCGUUGUGCCCAUUUACUUUGGCUCCUCCACAAUUAAAGACUGGCAACCGAAUAACAAAUCUGCAAUUUAUGUAAACGAUUUCCCCAAUCCGCGUGCCUUGUCCGAGUAUUUAACCAAGUUGGCUAAAAAUCAAACAGAGUACGAUUCGUUUAGGAGCCACAAACUCAAUACCCAGAAUCCCAUCUCAAAUAAGUGGCUGCUCCUUAAUCUAGUUACGCGCCAGUAUCACAUAGGCGACUCUUCGCCGGGUGAAUCCCUUUUCGAGAAGUUCGAGUGCGCCGUCUGCCGACAUGUUAUCCAUAACCCAAUGAGUGAGCGGGCUCACUCCCGCCAUUAUGACUGCCCAAUAAAGCCGGAGUUUGCUCCAUUGGAGAAUCAGGUGGAACCGGAAAAUGUUGCCGACUGGCGAUCCACACUUGAGGUGGGACAGUGCCAGGCAAAGGUUUUGAAUGAGUUCAUUCGCCGCAACUUUAGCUAUAAUAAAGCAGAUUUUGCCGCCGAGCUCAGAAGGAAGAUGGAGAAGAAUAAUUGUAAUUAAGACUGAAUUACCAAACGGAUAAUAGACAAUCUCAGGUUAGAGCCUUGAACCUUGAUUAUACCAUUAUUUGUAUUUAUAUACAAAGACGUACCUACAUUAAAGUAAUCUGUGAUUUUUAACUAUUAUCGAAUUGUAAAUUUGUAUUUUAAAUACAAAUAAAAACAUAUUUGUUAUACGAA